AUGGUUUCUAGUUUGCCCACAGUGCUUCCCUCAAUGUAUCUCCGGGGCAUUUUCCUAUACUUGCUAUUUGUGGCUAGAGCUUCGAGCAAUGACUGGUUCACUCUGAUUGUGAAAUUCGGAAAACCAGUUGAGUUUUCGGGUGGUUUUGUGUCUCAAGAAGGCUCAUACAGCCAUCAGGAUUAUGUUAAUGAAUGUAACAAUGUAAUCAACUGCAUUGUGGCUCAUUUCGAUGGAUCUGUUUGCACGAUUUAUGAAUUCGGAUCUGUUGAAAAAGUACAAUUGUUUGAAACCAAAAAUGCGAAUGAGAUUUUGUUCAAAAUCAACUAUCUCGGAAAAGUUUGUCCUCCUGAACCCCUUGAUGCAUUGCCAAUUGUAUCGGAAAUGGCUGAUGAGGGCUUUAAAAACACACAAUUUCAAUUUACAAUUGACAAGGACGCCGAUGGAUUGCUCACUUUUAAAUACAAUACCAUUCGUUCUUGCCCUCCUGGAUUCACCAAGUUCACCCGUCCCACUGGAGAGUACUGUCUUUUCCUUUACGCAAAUAUUUACGAAUCUUUCACAUAUUCUGAUGCAUACAACAGUUGUAUCGAUAAAUAUGACGCUAUUCUUUCUGGACUGGAAACGGAAGAGGAACGAUUAUUCGUGGCUGAACAAGGUCGACUAGCAAACAUGAAUGACACUUAUGCAGGAAAUUUAUACUGGAUUUCGGGGUACCGAAAGUAUGAAUGCUCGAGACCUGAACAACUGGAGAAUCCAAAAUGGAUUUAUCAUUGUCAUCUCACAAAUAAAACUGGAUACAAAUGGGCGGAAGGAAAUCUGGGAACUGUUGAAGAAUCUGGCUAUCUUCAAAGUUGCAUUGUCUUGUGGACUCAAAGAGUCGAAGGAGUUCUCCAUGGAUUAACUGACGAUGCCACCUGUACAAUGGACAAGACACGAUAUGCUGCUGCUCGUGGAUUUCUUUGUGGAAAAGAAGCUGGAAGAUAA